AUGACUCACAUGACGAGAACAUGCUAAGUAGAUCUCCUGCUUUAUCAUCUGGAUCGUUCAUUUCCGCUGAGGUUGCUGCUGGAUGACUGCAGUGCUACAACCACAGCAACCCUUCAGUAUUUCAAAAGCUUACCACCAUGGAAACAAAUACAUCGAUGCGAAGGUGCCAGUCGCCAGCCUCUCAAGAUGAUGAUGGUCUGUGGAAGAUGGAUUCCAAGCUUGUGGGAGAAAAUACAGAAACGGCAAACUGCCCCUCAUCGAGUAUUCCUGGUGACGACACAGAGGCUAAAGCUAAUCCCACCAGCUUACGCUGGCAUCAUAGUGAAAGGCAGUCACUGGCAGCACAGAGAGAGAUUGUGGAACUGUCAGCAGAUACAACACAGAUUUCUGGGGACUUCAAAUCCUUAUUCCAAAUGCUGAAGACCACAUACCCAGGACUCCAUUCGAAGGAACAAAAGAGCAAGACCAGUCCAUGGUGCAAGUGGAAACCUGGGGGGAAGCUGAUGAUGACACAUUUCCAAACACUGAGGACAAGUUUGAAAAUGAGGCCCAUUUGGACAACAAGGUAGGAGACGAAAUACAACAAGGACAUUUAGCUAAGCCUUUGAGGGCCUCAAAAAGCAAUGGAAUGACACUCAUGCAACACUGCAACGUACCAACAGAAUUCUUCAAAAACAAAGAAAACAUGACUACUCAAGCAUUCAGUAAGCCAAAUGGAGAGAGGCAAACAGAAACCAAAGAAAAUGCAGAGCAUUUUCAUACCGACUCAACAGAUUCCUUGGUAGAGAGCGACAAAGGCACUCGUGAGGUACAGGUUCACACAGAGGCUUUUGGAAAAGUGCAUUUAACUCCAUCCAAUGAGAAACAGAAUAAGGGGAGAAGGGCAAAGCACAGAGAUGAAUUUUGGAGAAUAGCUUCAGAUAUUCUUCAAGGCGAGCAACUACUUCAGCGUCUGCAACUGGUGCAACAACGCCAGGAGGCAGAUAUGUGCACCUGCCGGGAGGUUAACCACGAGAGGGAACAUGAGGAGAAGUGUAUGACUAAAGUAGAUUUGGCAGCAAGUGGAGGGGACCUGUCUGGUGAAGAUGAGAAAAAAGAGAUCAGAUUUCACAAAAUGAAUUGUGACUGUACAAAGACAAGCCUGUUGGAGAGAGAAAAGACUGAAGAAACUGGGAGUAGAGAAGCCCAAGAAAAGACGCCUGCACAGCCUGAGCACCAUGAUAUUGCCACAAAAGAAGCAGAUGAUUCUGAUGAUACUGCAAGUGUCAGUUGGGUGUGUGCAGAUUGGAUUCCAAUCAAUUCCAUUGAAACCAUUUCCACACCAACGUCCCUUCGAUCCUCCUGUCACCGCUUCUCUGUCACAGAGACCUCAAUGGAGAGGCCAAUCCAUGAGGAUGUCCAAGGGAAACAGAACCUGCAGAGGGCUGGGGGGAUUCUAAACCUGGCAGAUGAUCCAGAUGUCCUGGAGAUCCCCUUUAAUACCAAUAUCGUGUUUGAACUACUUCCCACAAAAAUAGGUCCAGGCCAGGACCGUGAACGGCAGUUCUCCGAACAGAUGAUGCCGGAGGAUGGGGUAAUUCGGGAGAGUGGGAGAAGACUUGGAACAAGUGCACAGGGGGAAACCCCAAAGGAGCAAGGUAAAGGGGAGGCCCAUCAAUUAAAGAAGACACAAUUGCUGUUUGAAGCUUUCCGGCAGGAGAACACACAGGGUCCGACCAGACUAAGGAAACCCCUUUCUACAUCGAUGACAGAUCAAGUUUAUCCCACAGUGCUGGAACGCACACGUAGCCUGGAUAUGUUUUCAACUUCAGAGAAGGUGAAAAGUUCUGAAAACCUACAAUCAAAGAUUCCAAGCGGGGGAUCUCGAGAUAGGGCACGAUUAUCUCCCUACCCAAAGCAAGAGAAAAAUGUCCUUCUCUCCAGAAGUUCAGACUCCAUAAGCUCGGAUGUCUCCACACAAGUGGAAGAAAGUGGCAAGUCAGUAGGGAUGGACAAAGUAAAGCAGGAAGCCACUAUGCUCGAACAAAAUCCGUUCUUCAAGUUGCGUCCAGCAUUGGCUCUGAAGCCAGAGGUUGAGAAGGAAAUCCGGGACGCAAAAGCAAGAGAAGACGAGCUUCGCAGGCAAAGACGCACUCUGUAUGGAGAGAAGCGACAAAGUACAGAGGAGGGUGACAAGCUGCCACGCACAUCGACUGUCAUACCAGGUAUAAAGCAACAGUCUCGAGGUAAACUGGAACGCCUCUGGCCACCCCCCUGCAAGAAAGAGCAGCUUAAAUCUGAAAAGACUCAGGGGCCGAGCGUGCACAGAGCAGGAAGUCAGCGGUCUCAUCUGUGGCAACGCUGGGAGUUUGGUCGGAUCAAUGGGCAGCCGUCAGCAGAAAAGGACUGAAGCUUGCCAACUCCGACACUCCAAACGGAUCAAAUACCCUUACUAAAAUCGUGAUCAAGCAGUAGUUAGUUCCUAAUUCAAUAUUGCUGCUCUAAACCUGCGUCAUACAUUUUGUUUUACUUAACUAUACAAAUAGGACGAUUGCUAUAUGAGUCAUUCAAACUGCUCGAAGUGCGAGAGGACUCUGCAUCUUUGUACAAUUGUCAAAAAAUAAAUGUACCGGCAGAUAACUAGCAACCCUUUAUUGCUCAGUGACUGUUUUUUUUGUCAAUGUCUUUCUGUCUCCAAAGUGUUCUCUGUCAAUUGACUGUCUGUCUGUUGUCGUACUAGAGCGGCUCCGACUGCCGGAGACAAAUUCCUUGUGUGUUUUUUGGACAUACUUGGCAAAAUAAAGAGGAUUCUGAUUCUGAUUCUGAUUCUGAAAUCCACAGUAUUCUAUAGUCAUAUUGUUUUCAUUUUUCUGGUCACAGUUUACGAGUUUAACAUUGCAUUACAUGAAUGAAUUCAAUAAAAUGAAACCAAUUUUGUGAUGAUUUAUAAGUGGUCAAACCCCAAAGCAGACUCAAAGCAUCGUAGAAAAUACAUAAAGUCUGUAUUUGAACAACAUAACAAAUAAAGAAGAACAACUGUCCAACAAAAAGUGCAAUAAUACCUAUGGUAUAUCUAAAAGAAGCAAGGUAACAUUGAAAGAAAAAGGUGUAAAUAAAGUGACGUCAAUAAAAGUGGCACAAUUUGAAGGUUCGGACCUCCCUAUCUCCAAGAGGGAUAUAUGAUAUUCACAAUUUUCUCAAAUGCAGCAUUUGUUGAAUGGAGUUGCAAAAAAACAUCAGACAAACACAGCUUUCGAAACAAAUACCACACAAACAUGCAAGUAAUACCUGCUCCUUCAGUGGGGAUUCACCCAAAUUAACACCACGAUCACUUCAAAAUUAUAGAAACCGUCGAUACAAGACAGAACACAAUAUGCUGUAAGUAACAGUACAUAAAUGUGUCACAUAAAUGAUCUGGAGAAGUUCAGAAUCCCAAUUUAUCGAAUAACAACAUUUGUUUUUUUAAUUUAUAAAAUACAUCAUACAAUAGGGCGGCACGGUGGACGACUGGUUAGAGCGUCUGCCUCACAGUUCUGAGGAGCGGGAUUCAAUCCCCGGCCCCGGCCGGCUGUGUGGAGUUUGCGUGUUCUCCCCGUGCCUGCGUGGGUUUGCUCCCUCAUCCAAAAAACAUGCGUGGGAGGUUCAUUGAAGACUCUAAAUUGCCCGUAGGUGUCAAUAUGAGUGCGAAUGCUUGUUUGAUUGGCUGGCGUCCAGUUCAGGGUGUACGCCGCCUCCUGCCCGAUGACAGCCGGGAUAGGCUCCAGCACUGCCGCGACCCUUGUGAGGACAAGCGGCAUACACUCCUUGAAGUCUCAGUGCCCUUUGCACAAUGGUCAUUGCACCGGACUAUUGCGUCAUUAGCCAUUCGAACUGAGGACUCUGCAUCUUUUUGCACAAUUGUUGUUUGUUGUUGUUUUUUGUCAAUGUCUUUAUGUCUCCAAAGUGUUCUGUAAAUUGACUGUCUGUUGUACUAGAGCGGCUCCAACUACCGGAGACAAAUUCCUUGUGUGUUUUGGACAUACUUGGCAAAUAAAGAUGAUUCUGAUUCUGA